AUGCACUCAAUUUUUUGUUGUUCUCCGAAUUACUUCCGUCACUUGUUACUCGCUGAAAUUAACAGGAUCUUGGACGAGGAAGAGCUAUACGAACGUGCAGUCCCUUUCCCUGUAGAGGAACUUGUACAUAUAGCACGAUUUUGUAAUUACUUCUGCUUCCGUGCCGUAUGGAGCGGAUUAGUUGGUGAGGUUUUCUUAUGGUCAUUAGAAAGAGACGUGAAGAGUUCUGUGCUAAUGGGAGAAUUCGAGAAGAAGACGUCUAGAGGCGUCCUUCUGAUGCGUAAACUCAGUCAUUUAAUUUCACUUAAGGAAAGGAUGUUGUUGUUCAGGAAGUUCGUCAGUGCUGAUAAGGGUCUUGAUGAAGCCGGUAUAGAUCAAGAUGGUGUGUUCAAGGAAUUCCUUGAAUUGACUAUCAAGCAAGUCUUUGAUCCUGCUUUGAACUUGUUUCACAUGUUGGGUGGACGACGUCUUUGUGCUUUCGAUGAACUGUCACAAUUGGAUCCCGAACUUUACCGUAAUCUUACCUUUGUGAAGAAGUACGAUGGUGAUGUUAGCGAUCUAUCCUUGACAUUUUCUAUAGACGAGGAUUUUAUGGGCAAGAUAAACACAGUCGAUCUGGUGCCUGGUGGCAGGACGAUUCAAGUCACUAAUGAGAACAAGAUCGAUUAUGUACAUCGAAUGGCACAUCAUCGUGUGUUCUCGCAAACAAAACAACAAUGUCGAGCGUUUGUUUCUGGUGCUCAAUCGGUUCUGAACCCCGCAUGGCUCUUCCUUUUUGCUCCAUAUGAGCUGCAAUUCAUCAUAAGUGGAUACUCUAGUGAUAUCGACUUGGUGGAUCUGAAAAAGCAUGUGCAGUAUUACGGCGGAUUUCAUGGAAGUCAUCGACUGAUCAAGUGGUUAUGGGAGAUUGUGGAAAAAGAUUUCACAGCAGAUGAGCGAAGACUAUUUCUUAAGGUGAAGUAG